AUGGCGAUAACCGCGAGCACCACUGCCGUUGCUCUCACUGAUACUAGCAACUCACCUGGCAAUGUUCGCAAUGGCCUCAACAAUAACACAGCCGAUGCCGCAGUAAAGGCUUUGCAAGGAGCCAGGCUGGGAGACGUCGUGCAUCUGCCUGGGGAGGACCACUUCGAAACUCGAACAGCAUCCUACUGGUCGCGUACUUCACAGCUUCGACCGUGGGCCAUCGUCCAACCUCGUGAUGCACGUGAGGUAUCAGCGGCCCUGAAGGCCCUUGUUGCCACGCCAGGAUGCCAGAUUGCAAUACGCAGCGGAGGGCACAUGGCUUCCCCUGGGGCAAGUAGUAUCGAAGACGGGAUCACUAUUGAUCUCGGCCUCCUCAACGCAGCGACAUACAGCGCCAAGGAUAACUUGGCAUGUCUCGGUCCAAGCGCGCGGUGGGGGGAUGUGUAUGCCGAGCUUGAAAAGCACAACGCGAUGGUAGCGGGUGGCCGUGAACGAGAUGUUGCCGUGGCAGGAUUUCUGCUGGGUGGUGGGACAAGCCUGUACACCUGCCGUGCCGGAUUCGGAUGCGACCAAGUCGUCAACUUCGAGGUAGUGCUCGCCGAUGGCAAAAUUGUUCAAGCAAACCGCGACGAGCACGUCGACUUGUUCAAGGUCCUGAAGGGCGGCGGCAACAAUUUCGGCAUCAUCACCCGCUUUGACAUGCAGGCGUUCCCGGCCAGCCCAAAUGGCAUAUGGGACGCCGUAAUGACAUACCCAGCCGAGGCAAAAGAUGAAUUCUUGGCAGCUGACUUUGACUUCACGAAGGGCUUGAAUCAUAAACCCGAUGCGCAUUUACUGCCAUUUUGGUUCUCUUCAACCAAAUCUCAGAGGCCGGUUAUCACCGCGAUAUUGACGCACCUCGACGGUCUAGAAGACAGCAAAUGUCUAGCAAAAUGUAUGGAAAUUCCUGGCGCUCAGAUUGUGAAGGCCGGAGUUACAACGGUAGCCAAGAAAAUGGAAACACUCGCAACGCCUCCAGGGGACCAUGUUCGCGAUAGCGGCAGGGUAUUCAAGUACCCUGAGGAGGUUCAGCAGGCCAUCUGGCAGCGCUAUCUUGCUGACGAUGACCCAUUCCUCUCCACAAUUGGCGUCGCAGCGACCAACAACAAUAAGUCGGCGUCUGUAAAGCGAUAUUUCAUCGGCUUCGAAAUUCUCAAAUUCAUAUCAUGCAUGGUCUUCGUCGGGUCUGAGAAGACUGUCACUGUGUCAAGCACCCGACAAGGCCUCUCCCCCAAACCAGUCAAGCGCCCAAAGUUUACGGGAGACCGGCGCUCAAAGCCAAAACGACGGCUUAGUGAUGAGAUUCCAUUGCGGGAAAUCCAUCUUGAUAAAAUCGACAUAGAAAAAGGGCCCGAUGAUUCUGAGGAAUCGUGGGAUUACAGUGAGAUGAUCAACCCAGACUGGGAAGUUGAUAGAAGAGCUGGCCUUUACAUUGUUGGCUGGUACAGGCAAUAUGACCCAGAGAACCCCCAGAACUGGUCGGCAGCCAAGAAGCUGUUCGUGACCUUCGAAGUGUGCUUGCUUACGUUUGCUGUCUACAUCGCCGCCGCCAUCUAUUCUUCUGCGGUCGUCGACAUCGCCUUCGGCGUGUCACACAUUGUGUCUAUCUCGGGGCUUACGCUGCUUGUGGUUGGGUACGGCUUUGGACCUAUGCUCUGGUCCCCUCUCUCGGAGGUUCCGGCGGUCGGUCGUACCAGCAUCUACAUUGUCACACUUGUGGCAUUUGUGGCUCUACAAGUGCCCACCGCCCUGGCUACGAAUAUAUCGGCCCUGCUGGGCCUGCGAUUCAUGGCCGGAUUUAUGCGGAGUCCGAGCCUGGCGACUGGAGGAGCAAGUAUUGCAGAUCUGUUGACCACUGCACUGCAUUCAUAG